AUGGCGGAAUUUUACCCAGCAGGCACGGGCCCUUCAGAAGGAAGUGGAGUGAUCGUGGAUGCACGGUUUUGCGCUAAGUACCCUGUUGAACUGGCGAUUGUGCGGAAGGUGAUGAAGUUAACAACUGGUAACUUCGAAAUAAUGGACGUGAACGGAGACCUGUUGUUCAACGUGGAUGAUCGUGUGUUUGGUCUUCACGACAAGAGGACCUUAUUGGAUACUUCUGGAUCUCCGGUCUUGACUUUGAGAGAGAAGAUACGAACCAUGCAUAACAAGUGGAAAGUGUUUAGAGGAGGGAGUACGGAGGAGAGUGAUCAUCUGUACACGGUGAAGACAUCGGUCGUGUUUCAGUUACAUGAUAAGAACCUUGAUGUGUAUUUCAGUCACAAUAAGGAAGAGAAGACACGCGAUUUCAGAGUCGAAUGUGAACCUGGCGUAUAUGUUGUCUACGCUGGUGAAUCUGACGCCAUUAUUGCCCAAAUGCACAAGAAGCACACGACGCAGAGCGUUCUCUAUGGAAAGAACGAGUUUUGGGUGACUGUUAAUCCAGAUGUUGAUUAUGCAUUCAUUGUAUCUCUCAUCGUUAUUCUCGAUGAUGUUAACAGACCAGACCCAAGUGUUUUGGGUGCCACAUUGCCAUUAGUGCCGAUAUUACCGUUAUUGAUCUGA